CAACAGGUCUAAGGCGAUCGCACAGUUCUUUCUGCGCCGCUGAGGUGGCAGGUCGCGUAAAAAUAAUUAACUCUCAAUUGGAAAAUUCGAUUUCCCUCCUCCAGUUUAUAGAACAUUAACUCGAACAUGGGUGAUAUGUUCCGUAGCGAGAAGAUGGCCCUGUGCCAGCUGUUCAUCCAGCCAGAGGCAGCCUACGCCUCUAUAGCCGAGCUGGGCGAGCGGGGAUGUGUUCAGUUCCGCGAUCUGAACGAAGAGGUUAGCGCCUUCCAGCGGAAGUACGUCACGGAGGUCAGACGCUGUGAUGACAUGGAACGUCGCCUUCGGUACGUGGAGUCCGAGAUGAAAAAGGACGAAGUGAUGUUGCCAAUACUGAAGCCUGAGGAGGAGCCCAGUGCCCCCAAUCCCCGCGAGGCUGUUGACCUCGAAGCCCAGCUGGAGAAGACCGACAAUGAACUGCGUGAAAUGUCCGCCAACGGAGCUAGUUUGGAUGCCAACUUCCGGCACAUGCAGGAACUCAAGUACGUACUGGAGAAUACCGAGGGCUUCUUCUCGGACCAGGAAGUCAUUAAUCUGGAUGUCAACCGAAAACUGGACCCCGAGGAUCCGGCGAAUUUGCAGGGAGCAGCUCAACGAGGUCAACUGGCCUUUGUGGCUGGUGUGAUCAAGCUAGAGAGAUUCUUCAGCUUCGAAAGGAUGCUGUGGCGCAUUUCCAGGGGAAAUAUUUUCCUUAGGAGAGCCGACAUCGAAGGCCUUGUGGAUGAUGAGGAAACAGGACGUCCAGUACUCAAAACCGUCUUCGUGGCCUUUUUCCAAGGCGAGCAGCUGAAGCAGAGGAUCAAAAAGGUCUGCGCGGGCUACCAUGCCGCUGUCUAUCCUUGUCCGAGCUCACAUGCCGAGCGAAUUGAUAUGAUCAAGGAUGUGAAUGUCCGUCUGGAGGAUCUGAAGUUGGUCCUCAGCCAGAGUGCCGAUCAUCGCAGCCGUGUCUUAAACUCAGCAUCCAAGCACUUGCCACGCUGGUCGAUCAUGGUGCGCAAAAUGAAGGCCAUCUAUCACAUCCUGAACUUUUUCAAUCCCGAUGUAACGGGUAAGUGUCUGAUUGGCGAGGGUUGGGUGCCCACCAAUGACAUUCAAUCAGUCCAAGAUGCACUGGCUCGAGCCUCGAAGAUCUCGGAGAGUUCCAUACCAGCUUUCAUGAAUGUGAUCGAGACAAAUGAAAUGCCGCCAACUUACACGAGAACCAAUAAGUUCACCAAUGGCUUCCAGAACUUGGUUGACUCGUAUGGCAUGGCUUCCUACAGGGAAGUGAAUCCCGCACUUUAUGCCUGCAUCACAUUCCCCUUCCUGUUCGCUGUGAUGUUCGGAGAUUUGGGACACGGCAUAAUCCUCGUUCUCUUCGCUGGCUGGCUUAUCCUCAAGGAAAAACAAUUGGCCUCGAUCAAGGAGGAGAUCUUCAAUAUAUUCUUCGGCGGCCGAUACAUCAUCUUCCUCAUGGGAAUUUUUUCCAUGUACACUGGCCUCUUGUACAACGAUGUGUUCUCCAAGUCCAUGAAUAUUUUCGGUUCCGGUUGGCACAUGAACUAUACGAGGGAAACGGUGGAGGAUGACACUCUGAAGAGUAUUACAUUGAGGCCCAAUGAUACGGUUUUCAAGACAUAUCCCUUGGGCGUGGAUCCCGUUUGGCAGCUGGCCGACAACAAGAUUAUUUUUCUGAACACCUUUAAGAUGAAGCUGUCGAUCAUUGUGGGCGUGGCCCACAUGAUUUUCGGAGUCACCAUGUCGGUGGUUAACUUCGCUUACUACAAGAAGUAUGCCAGUAUCUUCUUGGAGUUCUUGCCGCAAGUUCUGUUCCUUCUCCUGCUCUUCGGGUACAUGGUCUUUAUGAUGUUCUACAAGUUUGUCACCUACACCGACACCGUCGAAGGACCUCUUUCGCCAGCUUGUGCUCCUUCUAUUCUGAUCCUGUUCAUCAACAUGAUAUUGCAGGGCUCCCAGGACACUCCCGAGCCCUGUAAAGAGUUCAUGUUCACGGGACAAAAGUCCAUUCAACAGGUCUUCGUCAUUAUUGCCGUCAUUUGCAUUCCGUGGAUGCUCUUGGGCAAGCCUCUGUACAUUAUGUUCAAGCGGAAGAUGAGCGGAGCACCGCCGCCAAAGCCACAGAGUGGUGGUGGUGGCGAGGGUCAUGGCGAUGACGAUGCCAUGGGCGAGAUCUUCAUCCACCAGGCCAUCCACACCAUCGAGUAUGUCCUGAGUACGGUUUCCCACACAGCCUCCUACCUUCGAUUGUGGGCUCUGUCCCUCGCUCAUGCACAGCUCUCCGAAGUGCUGUGGAGCAUGGUGUUCUCCAAUGGCUUCAAAUUCGAAAGCUACUUGGGCAGCAUUCUCAUCUUUGUGUUCUUUGGAGCCUGGGCUUUGCUCACAGUUGGCAUCCUGGUACUCAUCGAAGGACUUUCGGCCUUCCUGCACACACUGCGUUUGCAUUGGGUGGAGUUCAUGAGCAAGUUCUAUGAGGGCGCUGGUUACGCCUUUGAGCCUUUUGCCUUUAAGACCAUCCUGGAUGUCAGUGAGGAUGACUAGAGAAGACUUGGCACUGGUCAAAGGAGAAAGAUACAGCGCAGGACGCACUUCCUUAAACCAUUUUCCGUUUAUUUUCGUUCUUCUUUCGUUAUUUUUUUUUACGGAAAAAUAAAUUUCGUUCGAUAUGCAUACAGAA